AUGGCCAAAUCCGAGGAAUGGGAACACAUAUGGAAGGAUGUGGGCGACCAGCUGGCGGCGAUCGGGCAAGAUUUCACAGAUCCAAAGUUUUACGCGCUCAAGCAUGUGGUGGAAAUCCUCAGCUCGAAUCAACCCCAGGCGAUGGUGGAGGAGCUGCGGGCGCACGAGGCGCGCCUCAUGUCGCUCGUCGACGCGCUUGCCACCGGCUACCACUCCGGGUUUGCGCGCUCCAUCCAAAACUACAGCCGCAUCCUGCAGCUCUUCGGGGACGCCACGCAGCAGCGCAGUGGGCGCAUGCGAUUCUUUGUGCUCAUGCGCGCGACGGGCCGUGGCCGCGCGUGCGCCAACUGCGCUGCGGCAGAUAUCGUAUGUGUCAUGUAA